AUCAAUACUCACAACAAUAUUUUGUCACCAAACAGAGUUCAAAUCAACAAUCAGCAUUGGAAAGCGUUGACGUUGGAAUACAACGAGCGCCAAGCCCUCCUUCCCAACAAUGAAGGUUAUUUCAGGACCGAAAAAGCUCUUCUCGAGAAAUAUGGUACUAUGAAAACAACGUAUCAGAACAAAAAGGAGACCAUUAAGUCGACCGGUUCGGGAGGUGGCCCACUUCUUGGGUACCUUCAAAAAAUGCAAGCACAACACGGCCGCUCCGCUAAAAGAGUUAAGAAAGGGGUAUUUAGAUGACUUUAAAACCCUUCUUGACAGAACUGAUAUGUAUAAUAUUUGCAGCAGCUGCGACGUCGAAAUGAUUGGAACAAGUCUUCUGUUUCAGUUGGCAGCACCAAAAAGCAACAGUUGUUGCAUGGGAUGUUACAAGCUGGAUGGAUUUCUUUCUUCAGGCCAGGAUAAAUCCGACUUCAAUAUGUGGUUGAAAACCCACAAAAUACCUAAUAAUGAUCGACCGCCGGUGUUGUCAGAAGAAACGCUGACAAAACGAUUGGGCGCCCGAAGAAAGGGCAUGAAAAUCCGUAUCUCUAAAAAAAAAAGCAACGGAUCCAAACUUGCUUCAGUCGAACAACUAAAAAAAAUGUGCAAAGAAAGUCAGUAUCGAUGCAUAAUUACCGGGUGUCAAAUCGCUUUUCACGAUGUUAAAAAGCAAAGAUACCCAUAUUGGGCACUCUCCAUCGACCAUAAGUUCCCAUUAACGCACUGCAGAAAUGAUCCCUUCGCCUGGACCAUUGGCAAUCUCCAAGCCAUGGCCGGCAGCAUUAAUGCUAUUAAGGGUGAUCUGUCAGAUGACGAAGUUAAACGUUGGUACGAUCGGUACUUUGAUAAAAAUUGUAAAUAA